AUGCAGGCCUCGACGUCCUCUUCGUGCGCGUCGUCGUCUUUGUCGAGCAGCAGCAGCGGCGGCGUUUUUGUUGCUGCGCUUUUAACGCAGAAAAAACAGAAUCAUCAUCAAAAUCAUCAUCUUCAGAACCGAUAUAGAAGCAGAAGAAAAACGAGGACGAUGGCACGACAGAACGAGGACAAUAACGACGGUAACAACAGCAAUCGCGAAGAAAAAGAAGGACAGUUUUCCAAAGCCGGUCGCUCGGGAACCAAUCGAAAAUUUACGGAGUAUUCCGAGGAAGAGUUGCGAGCGCAAAAAGCGUUCGUACAAGGUGAUUUCGGCAAAGUGUCCACGGCGAAAGAGACGUGGGAACCGUUCGUCCGAGCCUCGCGAGCUGGUUUGUUAGACGAGAUGCAAAAGUGCGAGAAUAGCACAGAGAUGCUCGAUUGCGACGCUGUUUUAGCGUCUUUGUUCAUCGCGGUGGAAGAUGACGCGUUUAAAUCGAGGACAUCGGUGUGUCUUCCGCAGGAGGCGUACGUGAAAAGGUUGAGAAAGUUGAUGGACGAGUUUGAGAUGCGGGAUAUCGCGUAUUUCAACGGUCAGUACGACGAUAGGAUGGUUUUAAAAGCGUUGGAAAGGUAUUUGUACGAAGAACAUCAGUACAGGCCUCCAGUCGGGUGGAUGGAGGCGUUUAGUCCGUACAGAACGUAUUUUCACAACGUCAUUGCGCAAAAAGUAGGCAUCCCAGCGAGUUUAGCGGCGUUGUAUAUGGGGUGCGUACAGAUUUUACGAGCGAGAGAGAUUUUGAAAGACGAAGCGUACGUUUUGAUAUCCAGCUCGAGAGGUUUAGAUCCGGAUGUUCUACCGCGCACGCCGUGGGGUAUCACCAAGGACGAUUACCACAAUCUCGGCAUACCCGCCGACGCGAGGUGGUGUACGCCUAAAAUGAGUAUCCAAAUGCAAUUAAGAGCGCUGAAAAGGGCGUUUUGGCCGUGGACUUGGGACGAUCGCAGAGAUACGGGCAUUGAAUUGGCUUUGAAAGCGGCCGUGUUCGGGAACGAAGAUAGAAUGCAAACCGCGGUGAAAGGUGUUGGGAUCAUUCAACCGACGGGAAGACCCUUCGGCGACUUGGAAAUGGCCAUCCGAGCGACUGAACGUUUAGCGCUCGUGGCCGAACCGGAGAACAUCAGAGAUUACGGUAUCUUAUUGUAUCACUCGCAACGAUACAAAGAAGCGUACGAACAGCUCCAAAAAUACCAAACCUGGCGGGACGAGGAAUUCGAACGAUUACAAAAAGGCGGGAAACCAUCCGCGGUGGCAAUCGAAGUCGACGGAACUCCGAAUACAGCUCCAGACAUGUCAAAAUGGCUCUUCGGUGACCCUUCGGAAUACGCCGAGCAAGUCGCGCGAGAGGAGCAGUGGUUGAAGCAGUUGAUGCUUAUUUUAGAGAGAGAGCUGUUAGAGCAAACGUUGAACAUGUAA